AUGGCUUACCUUGAAAAGAACACUGGAGAACAACAGCAGCCUGCCACAAAGAGAGAACACACUGUGCAAAAGAUCUCUGUUAAGGAGGAGGUGGUGUCAGGUCACUUUAAAGCAGAUACAGAGAGCGAAGACCUCCCUACCAUCAGGACCCCCAGUGUGAUCAACAUGAGCCCCUUCAGCAGUUCCAUAGGCGGCUGGGGGCCAUCUAGACCCCUGCAGUACUUCGACGCCAACACCCAUGACCCACACAUUCCCGUUGGCUUGCCUGCUGAGACAUCAAAUUCACUCCCCAUGUACAAACGGCACACCAUUAAGACAUCCUAUAAUUCACACAGAACAUCCAUCAUUAAAGUGCAGCCCUUCAUCCAUGGAGAUGACCUGUCAGACUAUAGGCGCUGGCCACACAUACCACACAAGCUGCUGGUGCUGCUGAUAAUCAUUUGUUUGUUAAUAGCAAUAACUCUGGUUCUAGGAAUUGGUCUGGGAGUGGGUUUGAGUUGCUCUGGAAAAUUCCACUGUGUGUCUUCAGUUGAGUGUAUCAGGAGAUCUGCUGUCUGUGACGGAGUCAAAGACUGUGGUGAGGGAGAGGAUGAACUCAACUGUGUACGAGUGAGUGGGAAACACUCCAUCCUGCAGAUUCACAGUAGGGGGAUAUGGAGCUCCGUGUGCUGGGAGAACUGGAGUGCCAGUCUGGGAUUCUCUGCCUGCAAACAGCUCGGCUACAACAGUUAUGUGAAUUCUACUUCAGUCCCUCUCUCUUCCGUCGAGUCAGUCUUCAAGAAAAACAUAGUGACGAUUAGUUCCCGCUUUCCAGUACAUCAUCAAACAUUCAAAAUUCACAACAGCUCCUUCCUUAGAACGGUUCCGUGCCUGUCCGGGUUGGUCACAGUACUCAAGUGUAUAGAGUGUGGAACCAGACCUGAAUUCAGAGCCCGGAUUGUAGGAGGAAAUGCAUCUCUGUCUGGGCAGUACCCAUGGCAGGUCAGCUUGCAGUACCAGAACCAGUAUCUCUGUGGAGGUUCACUAAUAACCAACCAGUGGAUAGUCACUGCUGCACACUGUGUAUAUGGCUUUACUAAUCCCACUUUAUGGACAGUUCAGGUGGGCCUCACAGAGCAGCCCAUGAGUGGAGCAGCAGAUCUCUCUGUGAUGAAGAUCUUCUUCCAUCGUGCAUAUCAUCCUGAAGGCCUUAGCUAUGAUAUCGCGCUCAUUAAACUAACCCAGCCGCUCGUAUUCAACGGUCAAGUACAGCCCAUAUGUCUGCCUAACUAUGAUGAAGGGUUCGGUUCAGGAUCCAUGUGCUGGAUAUCAGGAUGGGGAGCAACAACAGUAGGUGGAGAGGUGAGUGUGUCUCUACACUCCGCACUGGUUUCUCUCCUGUCUAUUCAAGAUUGUGGAGUUCCAGGACUUUCACCAUGGAACAUCUGCGCUGGGUAUCUGACGGGUGGAGCUGGCACGUGCCAGGGGGACAGCGGGAGCCCUCUUGCCUGUCAGGACCUGGUGUGGAAGUUGGCUGGGGCAGCAAGCUGGCUUCAGGGCUGUGGAGAACGGAACAACCCAGGAGUUUACACCAGUGUAACUUAUGCUCUUCCAUGGAUACACCAAACCAUGGAGGUAGGACAAGAGUACUGGCUGAGUACAGCUUUAUAG